UUUCUUUUUUAUAAUCAUUUUCAAAAUCCUCUUCUCUUCUCUUCUCUACCAUUUUGAUUCUCUUUCAUUUUUCUCUGUAAUUUCGAUUCGAUCUCUGGCCCUUCGCAGCCUGAUGCCGGAGAUCGAACCCUACUCCGCCGGCAAUAAUGCCCUGUUUGGCAAGUACGAGCUCGGCAAGCUCCUCGGCUGCGGCGCCUUUGCCAAGGUCUACCAUGCCCGCGACCUUCGCUCCGGCCAGAGCGUCGCCGUCAAAGUCAUCAAUAAGAAGAAGAUCUAUGGCACAACGCUAAUGUCUAACAUCAAGAGGGAGAUCGAUAUCAUGCGCCGUCUUCGCCAUCCACACAUCGUCAAACUCCAUGAGGUUCUCGCUACCAAAUCCAAGAUCUACUUUGUUAUGGAAUUCGUCAAAGGAGGUGAGCUCUUUGCCAAGGUUGCUAAGGGCCGAUUCAGCGAGGAUUUGAGCAGGAAAUUCUUCCAGCAAUUGAUUUCUGCUGUCGGAUUUUGUCACGCGCGUGGGAUCUACCACCGCGAUCUGAAGCCGGAGAAUCUCCUCGUCGACGAGAAUGGAAAUCUCAAGGUCUCGGACUUCGGACUCAGUGCGUUAACGGACCAGAUCCGCUCCGAUGGCCUUUUGCACACACUCUGUGGAACUCCGGCGUAUGUCGCGCCGGAGAUCUUGUCGAAGAAGGGAUACGACGGUGCUAAAGUCGAUGUGUGGUCCUGUGGUGUGAUUCUUUUCGUGUUGAGUGCUGGUUACCUUCCGUUCAAUGAUCCGAAUCUCAUGGCCAUGUACAAGAAGAUUUACAAGGGAGAAUAUCGGUGCCCUAAAUGGAUGUCGCCGGACCUCAAGAGAUUUCUAUCGCGACUUCUCGACACGAAUCCUCAAACUAGAAUCACCGUCGAUGAGAUUCUCAGCGAUCCGUGGUUCAAAAAAGGACCAAUUAAGGAGAUCAAUUUCUACGAUGAUUACGAGAUGAAAUAUGAAGAGAAGGACGAAUCUGAAUCGAAGAAUUUGAACGCAUUCGACCUUAUAUCAUUCUCAUCUGGAUUAGAUCUCUCCGGUUUGUUCGACAAUUCGCACAACACAGAGGCGGACAGUGAGCGAUUCGUAUCAGCAGAGUCUCCAGAGAAGAUCGUGGAGAAAAUCGAAGAACUCGCUAGGGCAGAGAAUUUGAAGGUGAAGAAACAAAAGGAAUUUGGAGUUGAAUUGGAUGGGCAGAAUCGUAAUUUAUCAAUCGGAAUCGAAAUUUUCCGGUUAACCGACGGAUUGGUAGUGGUGGAGGCGAGAAGAAGAAGUGGAGAUGCAGAAUCGUGUAAGGAAUUGUUGAAGAAGAAGCUCAAAUGUCACCUCACCGGCAACGAAGCGUCGACGUCAACAUCACAACAAGAUUCCGGCGACCAAAACCAGUGAGACAUGUGGAAUUCUUCAGAAUCGAA